GUACCUCUGCGCUCCCGACCGCGCUCCCUAAAUGGUUGUCGCUUCCCACCUCCCACGGAGGGAUGAGUUAGGCUGGAGCUGGCGCCGAUGCGGGUCCCCGCGCAGAGCCCUCGGUAAGCCAAGAGUGAUCCCUGUGGGUUCUGUGUUCUGUCUGAGGAUAGAGUAACACUGAGGGCAAAUCUUCUCCUGAGUUCUCUGGCUCUUCCAGUCUACAAGUGCUGCCCAGAGAGGGGGAAAUGCUUUGCAUACAUCUCUUGGAGGGAGCUGAUACCUGGGUUGCUUCCUGCGCCCUUCCCAAGUGUGAGCACAUCGCAGCCAGCACGGAGAAGGGCCUCCUCUUGUCUUCAAGGCACUUGCCUCUGCCUCCUGUUCUUCUGUCCAAGAGAAGGAAAAGCCAGACUAAAUCAGUCCGUAAAGAACUUGUGCUGGUCUAAGGAGGAGGCUCUGGAGUCUCUUCACCUUUCUUCUUCCCAGGAUCCUGGCUGUGGGCUGGAUUUUCUGGUCUCAGCUUCAGGGGAUCAGUUUGAGGGAAUCAGGAUCUCAGAAUCUUUUGGUUUUGCUUUCACUUGAACCCUUUCAGCCAGGAAGCUGAAGCUAUCACUGCUAAAAUCCCAUUUUUUUUCCCAAGCAUGUCAGAAAGCUGGCAGCAGCAACAGCAGCAACCACAGCAGCCGCCGCCACCGCAGCAGCACCACGCCGGGGCAGCCGCCCUCCCCGAGCACUCCAUCCCUCCCAGCACUGCUGACAACCCCUUGGGCUGUGCCGUGUACGGCAUCCUGCUCCAGCCGGACCCCGGGCUGCAGCACCACCAGCACGCCCCCAUCCAGGCUGGAGAGCCAUCCCACAAAUGCGGUGUGUGCGGCCAUGACCUCGCUCACCUCUCCAACCCCCACGAGCACCAGUGCUUGCCAGGCCAUGACCGCUCUUUCCAGUGUACCCAGUGCCUGAAGAUCUUCCACCAGGCCACCGACCUCCUCGAACACCAGUGUAUCCAGGUGGAGCAGAAGCCCUUUGUGUGUGGGGUUUGCAAGAUGGGCUUCUCCCUCCUGACCUCGCUGGCGCAGCACCACAAUGUCCACAACGGCAACGCUAUGAAGUGCUCUAUCUGUGAGAAGACCUACAAGUCUCCCGAGGUAGAGCAUUCGCAGCCUCUCGACCCCUCGGAGAAGCCCUAUAGCUGCUCCAUCUGUCAGAAAACCUUCAAGCACCUCUCGGAGCUGUCCCGGCAUGAGCGCAUCCACACGGGCGAGAAGCCGUACAAGUGCACGCUGUGCGACAAGAGCUUCAGCCAGUCCUCCCACCUGGUGCACCACAAACGCACGCACAGCUCGGAGCGGCCCUACAAGUGCACGGUGUGCGAGAAGACCUUCAAGCACCGCUCCCACCUGGUGCGCCACAUGUACGCGCACUCGGGGGAGCACCUCUUCAAGUGCAACGUCUGCGAGCUGCACUUCAAGGAGUCCUCGGAGCUGCUGCAGCACCCCUGCACGCCCAGCGGGGAGCGGCCCUUCCGCUGCGGGGAGUGCCAGAAGGCCUUCAAGCGUCCGUCGGACCUGCGGCAGCACGAGCGCACGCACAGCGAGGAGCGCCCCUUCAAGUGUGACCUGUGCCAGAUGAGCUUCAAGCAGCAGUACGCGCUCAUGCGCCACCGCCGCACGCACAAGGCCGAGGAGCGCUUCAAGUGCAACCUGUGCGAGAAGGGCUUCGUGCAGCCCUCGCACCUGGUGUACCACCAGCACGUGCACGGCAUAGAGAACCUCUUCAAGUGCAACGUGUGCCAGAAAGGCUUCAACCAGUCCUCGGAACUGCUGCGGCACAAGUGCGUGCAGAACGCGGAGCGGCCCUUCAAGUGCGCGGUGUGCAACAAGUCCUACAAGCGGGCCUCGGCUCUGCAGAAGCACCAGCUGGCCCACUGCGCCGAGAAGCCGCUCAAGUGCACGCUGUGCGAGAGACGUUUCUUCUCCUCCUCGGAGUUCGUGCAGCACCGCUGCGACCCGGCCCGCGAGAAGCCCCUCAAGUGCCCCGACUGUGAAAAGCGGUUCAAGUACGCCUCGGACCUGCAGCGCCACCGGCGCGUGCACACGGGCGAGAAGCCCUACAAGUGCUCCUCCUGCGAGAAGGCCUUCAAGCAGCGCGAGCACCUCAACAAGCACCACAGCGUGCACGCCCGCGAGCAGCAGUACAAGUGCAUGUGGUGCGGGGAGCGGUUCCUGGACUUGGGGCUGCUGCAGGAGCACAGCGUGCAGCACACGGCCGAGGGUGCCUACCAGGUGGCUGCCUGCUUGCCGUGAGCCUCCUGCCCCGCGGCGCCUGUCAGCUCGCGUGGGAUGCUCCCGAGCCUCAGCCUUCCCUUCCCUCUCGUCAGUCGUUGGCAACCUCCAGGGAGUGUGGGGGAAAGGGGGUACGGUGUGUGGGCAGGUGAACUCUCCUCUGGCCUCGGUGGUUGAUAUGCCACCUGUAUCGAAGUAGCAACAGACGACGUGAACAUCUCAAGGGGUGGAAAGGAAAGGAGGGAGGUGGAGAGAGGAAACUAUGCCUGUAGAUGCCUGGUGUUCCCUGGACUGUAGUUCAUGCUGUACCUGCAGUUCCAGUCCUGGGAGCUCAGCUGUCUGUUGCAGGCACCAGGUCUUUGUGUGCAGCCUUUUUCCCCUGCCCUGCCUGGCAGGGUUGGUGGGGAGGGUUGGGUGACUCUCCUCCUGGAGAGGUUCAGGAGCAAGGCAGAGACAGCCCUCCCUUCUCCCAGGGCGUGCUGCUGCUUGGCACAGAGAUAGCAAGUUUCUGCUGCUGGGGUCUCCCAGCUUGGUCCAGGCUCAGUUGAGGGCACCAUUUCAGAUCAUUAGUGUUGAUUGGGUGCCCCAACCUCCCCUGCUCUCCCUCCUCCUAGAGUGUUGAAAGGGAAAAGCCAUGGGGCUUCACAGCUCCGAAAAGCACUUUGGCAUUGCUGCUUUUGCAGUCGCUGGCUGUCACACUCUGCAAGGGUUCUGAGUGACCCUGCCUGCCCCCAUCCCUGCAGCUGCACAGGGAACUGUAGGAAGCACAGUGCUGCUCCCAGAAAGCAUGGCAGGGAGCACUGGGACAGUCUGCCUGGGAGGAGGUCAUGGAUUCUCCCUCUCUGGAGACAUUCAAAACCCACCUGGACGUAUUUCUGUGUAACCUGCUUUAGGUGACCCUAACCUAGCAGGGGGUUGGACUAGGUGAUCUCCAAAGGUCCCUCCAACCCUAACAGUUCCAUGAUUCUGUUACAGCAUUCAUACCCUGCUCCCGACCAAAAGCCUGGCAUUCAAGAGCUGCUUCCCAAGGGACCCUGCCCUCCUGCCCAGCCUUGCUCCAGCCCCUGAGCACCCCUUGGGCUGAUAGUUGUACCUCCAGCAGGGUCAGGCAAAGGGCUGUCACAGCUCCAACACUAACGGGUGAGAUGAGCACUACAGUAAUUAAAACUGCAGAGGUGUUGCCAUGGCCAGCAGUAACCCAUGGCACGUGCAACAGGCUUGAUGUCUGAUGUGCUGGAGGAACCAGAGAAAGCCAGGAGAAUCCUUUCUGGACUGCAGGCUGGGCUCCAUGGGGAGGGCAAAGUUAGCAGUGGGUAAAGGAGAAGUCUAUUUUUUCCCCUCUUGCAGUAGUCCUGUUUUACCCCUUUGCCCUUUCCUUACCUCGUCUGUAUUUUUCAGGUUUUGCACACUUCUUGUAAACAUCACUUAAAAAUAAAUCUCCCCUAGCAAGGUUGAUGCAGCCUCAGGUGUUUUCCUCUGCAGGAGUUUGCUGGCUUCUCAUGUCCAAGAGAUCCAUUAUAUGUCAGAUAGAUGCCUUGAAGGUUGAAGAUGUGCCUGCUAGAUUGUCCCCCAGCCUUCCCCUCUCCAUCUUUGGAGAUAUUAAGAUGUUAAGUAUCCAUCUAUGGAGAUGGUCAGUCCCUGACUGGAUGUGGUCCUGGACAAUCUGCUGUAGCUGACCCUGUGCAAGCAAGGAGUUGGACCUGAUGGGCUUCAGAGGUCCCUGCCAGCCUUCUGUGGUGUUGGCUGGUGUUCUUGUGAGGUUGUAGUCAACAGCAGCCAGUAAGUUGCCCAUGUGCUGCACAAGUGAUUAGGACAAGGUUAAUAACUGUUGUCCAUGGCAAGUGUAGACACAUUAACCUUGCAGAGGGUUGGACUGGGCCUGCAUCUCUGUUGGGGGACACUUGUCUGAAAGGUGGAGAAAGGCUGUAGUCUUUCAUUUCCAUCAUGGUGAGGGGGAACAGGGUGCAUUGUCAGGGGCUGGGACAGUGCAGUGACAGGGUAGACCCUGGGGCUGAAUCUUCAUGUGUAACUUCAAGGAGAUUAAAACAGACUCUGCUCUCUGCUGCCCAAGAAAGAGGGACCCAUGAUGGUUAUCUUACUUUGUGCUGCCUCAAAGAUGUAGAACUUCCUACCAAGUUUUCCAUCUGUGUUUCUUUUUCCUCUUUUGUUGUUUUACCUUUUUUUUUAAGCAGUUUGUUAAAAUUCAUUAAAAAUACUGUAUAGUUUAACUUGAUGUCAUACUGGAUCUUUAAAAAAAAAAAAGAGAUGUGGUAACUUGGAUUUUUAAAGAGCUUUUUAGUUCUAGGUAGCUGGUUUUUGCUGUUUAAUAUGUAGUAAGUUCAAUGUAUGCUUUACUGUAGGAGUAAAAGAGAGUCCAAACAAAGGAAGGCUAAUCCUGUCUUUACAGAAGGGCUUGGUGGUGAUGGAGGCUGCGAGUGUGGGACCAGAUGAGGACUGUGUCACCCACCUGAACUUGCUCUGUUCCUGCCUUGGGCCAUGGUUCCUCUGCUCUUGCCCAGCACAGCUGCCAGGGGUUCAGUGGGCACCCUGAGCCCUUGGGCACAGCACUGGCAGCCAGGAUCAGUGCCCAGGGCUCAGAGCUUGCAGAGAGGCUCGUCUUCACUGGGAGGAGGGUGUGAGACAGUCAGCUGCAGCCUCCAUGGGCUUUUGUGGCUGUGUUGUUUCUUUCUGGGGCAGCUGCUGGCUAGAGGAGGAUUUGGAGAAAUCAUCAGCAGGCUGUGCCCUGCUCUCUUCCCUCCCAGGAGCCCGGGGGAGCUCCCUGGUCCUUGGAGCAGAGGAGGGUGGUGGUGAGCUCCAGGCACAGCUCCACACUGUGAGGGGCCAUGGAGCUGCCAGGUCCUGUCCCCUUGGUACAGCUGGACAUGGGGACUGUUGGGGGACGUUUCUGUUCUGCUGAGCAGCUGGGAAAGCCCUGGAUGCCCUAGUGAGGAGCUAUGGCUCUGCCUAGGAUGUGACAAUAGCCAAGCAGUGCCCUGGGCAGAGAGACUCAUCAGGGCUGUGUGCAGCCCUGAGAGGGGCUGCAGUGGGGAGCAUGGCAGGGAUGAGCCCAGGUCCAGGUCAUCAGCUGGGGAAUAGGUGCCUCCAGGUUCAAAAAUGUCAUGGUGCAGGAUUAGGAAGGACAUCAUUAUUAGGACUGGCUGUGAGUCCAUGGUGACUCAGUCUCUUGUUUCAUUUGCUGCCCUGCAACAGCCCAAAUCCAGCAGAAGCCUAUGGAGAACAUGCAGCUGGAGCUUGUGGGUAGAGGACCUGUGCAGGACGAGCACUGAGUGGCCACAGAGAGCUUUGGGUAUAUUUUUAUAGGAGCAUUUUCUAGUUGGAAGCAGCAGUGUUGCCUACAGGAGUAGGGGAAGCAGAUCCAUCUUUGUUGCUGUGCCUUUAGGUCGUGUUUUGUCCAGUGAGGUGGGAGGUGGUGGAAGUAGGAGGAGGCACAGGAGUGUCAGGAAUGCUGUGCUGCAUGGGGAGAGGGGCUGGCCUGGGAGCUGGGGCAUCACACUGCAGGGCUCUCUGCUGACUGCUGGUGUUUCCUUUUCAAACCAAAGAGCAGCUGGGGCCAAAGCCCUUUGGGGAGUAAACCAGGUCUCUACUCUGUACCCGUUGCACUUCACUUCUGGUGUUUAUUUCAAGCAACUUUCAGGCUCCUGCCUCUGCUUGGCCUCUUGUAUUUCUCACUGCCCUGCAGCACCUGAAAGAGUUGCUGUGCUGGAGCUGGUGUGCCAUAAGCCCCGUGGCAAGUGCUUGAGCAAGUUCUGGUAGCCAGACCAGCUGAGGAUGCUGUGUGGGGCUGGUAGUGGUCCCUCCCAAAGGUGGUUCUCCUUGGCAGGCAGUCUGAGCAUGAGAUGCUGCUGAGUAGGUGGAGAGGAGGGUUAGGGUGGGCAGAGGUUGUGUGGGUGUUGUCCAGGACAAGUCCUGCUCUCUAGGGCUGCUGUUCCUCUGGCUUCCUGGGCCCAGGUAAAGGUAGUCUGUGACCUGGGCUUUUACUCAUCUUCACUUCUCCUGACCCUACCAACAGGAUGCCUUUAGCUGUCUCAGCCCCUUCCCUUCCACAGCUUAUACUUUUUAAAAAAAGACAUUUUCAGCUUCUUUUCUCUUUGUUCUGUUCUUUAUUUGUAAGCAGUGGUUUGUUUUUUAUUCCUUCUUCCAUAUUGACUGUGAAGUCUCUUCCUUUGUUUCCACCUCCCUCUGCUCCUCCCAGCCCCAAAUUCCUUUCCCAGGGUGAGGCUGGAUCCAGGUGAUACCAAACCACUGAUGCUGAGAUCAGGUGUUUAGGAGCUGAAUCUUGCUGGAAUCCAGUGGGUGCUGCUGCUCCUUCCCCACAGCAGGCCAUCCAUUUUCCUGGGGCCAGAUCCUGCCCAUGUUCAAGUGAAUCCAAGCCAGGACCAAGAGCCAGAACAGAGCUGUAGGAAAUGGGGAGUGGGGUGGGAGCAGCCAUGUCCAUCUCCAAAGCUGGGGAUGAAGUCAGUGAAGGACUGUCAGACGUUCCUGGGGAGAUGUCACGGCACUGGGCUGAGCUCAGACAGCACAGCUGGUUCCCUGGGAGAGCUGUGGAGCAGCUGUGAGCAUCAAGCAGGCUGGGUUAGCUCUGGCACGGACACCCUGGGACCAUGGGGAUGCUCAGGUGGCUGUGCCAGCUCCACGGUGAGCAGAUGCCACCUCUGCAAUCCGGGUGGGAAGAUGUGCUCUGGUCUUGGGGCCCAUGUGCUGGACUGGGGGACAAAGGGGGAAAGCAUCCUCUGGCAGAGUUUUGGGACCAUCUCUGGGCACUCAAGCCUGCCCUUGCAGGAAGAAAAGGAGGGAGGAGAACACUUUUUGCACUUCCUUUGGGUAUUUACCAUCAAGUUCAGGCUGCAGCAGGAGCCUGGCCAUUAAAAAAUAGGCAAAACCCUCUUGUUAUACUUCAGAGUUUGACUCUUUCUCCAUUGGGUGGUGAGUUCACCUGUGGGAACAUUCCUGUGCAUGCAGGUGAAAUGCUGAGAUUCAGUAAGGGCAGGGCAGUGAUGUCUGGGGCUGGCAGCUCCCCCCAGGCCCAGUGAGCACCCAGCUUCUCCCCAGCUGCCCGGCUUCCUCUGCAGCCCCUCCUGCCUCUGACACUUCCUGGAUGUGAAGAUGCUGCUCCCGCAGCGUGUCUGGGAUGCUCAGUGGGGAGAGCAGGACCACAGGCGGGAGCUGGACCGUGGGCUCGUUUCUGAGUGCCUCCAAGCGUGGAUCUUCAUGGGCAGUGAGAUUCUUGGCUGCCUCCCAGCCUGUGGUCAUGACUCCGGUAGAGUUCCCAGGGCUGUCGGAAGUCGCAGCCAGGGUUGCUGAGGUUUGUGUGGCUUGCAGUGCCUUUAACACUGCUCUCCAUGUGUUUCUAUGAUACUCCAUGUAUGUGUGUAUAUAUAUUGUAAUAACACAUCCCGCUCUUCUGUGUGAGUGUCAAAUGGUUUUGCUUUACUAAUAAAUUUAUAGUUAUUUAUA